CGUCCAGUGGUCUGGAUAACGAGGUUGUGCGAUAACAACACUGUUCAUGUCCCUCACUUAUUGACUCUCCCGUGUCCCGUGUUAUUACACAGCAGUAUUUGGGGUGGCGCGCCUGUCGCCCGUGUGUUGUGCUGGUCGGAGGCUUCUGCACGGAGAUGGCAAGAGAACCGUAGCAGACUGCGGGGCCUGUACGGUUGGGCAUUUUAACGACAACCGUAACGUUAGACAACCGCAGAGACACAGAGAGUAAGGAGGAAGAGGAACCACGGACGAGAGGAAUCAUGGGACACGGAGUGGGCUGAACCAGAGGGUCUAGCAGCACACACCAAUUGUUUCCCACUGUGGUGUAUGACAUGGCCACGGCCUCAUCUAGAACAGAGUCUAGCCAUAACCACAGAGGAACGUCACAGCUCCAUGCCAUUGUGUCCUGUGCCAAAAUCAAGAGGAAGAAGAGCCUCUUUGGGACUGCCAUUUAUGUGGAGGUGACAGCGGAGGGGGAGUCGCGCCGUACAGCGAAGUCUCACAGCUCCUCGAGUCCUAAAUGGGAUGAGAGGCUUACUCUGAAUGUAACACCGCACACACAGGUGGAUUUCAAAGUAUGGAGUCACCACACCCUGAAGGCCGAUGCUCUGCUGGGGAAAGCAACGCUAGACCUAAUUCAAGCCUUGGAGCAGCAUGACAGAAAAUUGGAGAAUGUGAAGGAGGUGCUGAAACUGAGCGCGGAGCAGAAGGGAGCUCUGGUUCCCGUAGGGGAACUAACUGUUUACCUAGAUGGCCUGACUGUCACUGACCAAGAGGAACUGGCUCCGCUUACCAACGGCAAUGCAGCAAAUGGCACCAAAGUCCAACAGAAUGGCGAUGCCAUCCAUGAAAAUGGAGACUCCUCUUCCUCUUCCUCAAGGGCUGCCAACAGCUCAGUGAAUGGUACAGACUUGGGCCCAAGGUCAGGUUCCUGUUCGGCCUCCAAUGGUCUGGAUGCUCAGGUGCCUUCCAGUUCCUGCAGCCCUGCCCUUAGUCAUGUCGUCAAUGGAGACACCACACCCAAUAACACCCCGGUCCACCAACCCUCAGACAGUGACACAGAGAGUAGAACGGUCAAUGGGGAGUCCUGUGAUGCUGCUCUGGGGCCAUCGUCUGCUACAACAGGUGACGUGCUGCCCCCUGCAGAUGACCAUGAGGACUGCAAUCAAGAUACCACCCUCCCAGACUCUGACACAGCACCAAAUAGCACGUCUCAAACCCAGCCAACCUCCACGCAGGCUCUAGCCUCCUCUUCUGCUACUAAGCCCACUGAUGGCGUUGCUGCUGCUGCUGCUGCUGCUGCUGCUGCUGCUGCUACUGCUACUGCUACUGCUGCUACUGCUGCUUCCUCUGCACUCACCUCCCCAGUACAGGGAGCCACCACCAUCACAACAUCCUCAUCAUCAUCCUCUUCCUCCCCAGCAAUGGGAGAAGCAAAUGCUUCAGUUAGUGGUGCUGGUGGUGCUGGUGGUGGUGGCAAUGGAAGUGGCAAUGGAAGUGGCAAUGGUGGUGGUGGUGGUGGCAGCGGUGGUGGCAGCGGUGGUAACAGCAGUAACAGUGCACCGGUAACAACAGAUGGGGCCAAGCCCAGGCAGCAGGUCCCCAAUGCUGGAGGCUCAGAUCCUCUACCACCAGGGUGGGAGCAGAGAAAAGACCCGCAUGGGAGAACGUACUAUGUUGACCACAACACAAGGACUACUACCUGGGAAAGACCACAGCCAUUACCACCAGGUUGGGAGCGCCGAGUGGAUGACCGGGGUAGGAUCUAUUAUGUGGACCACAACACCCGCACCACCACAUGGCAGCGUCCCACUAUGGAAUCAGUCCGCAAUUUUGAGCAGUGGCAGAGCCAGCGCAGCCAGCUGCAGGGAGCUAUGCACCAGUUUAACCAGAGAUACCUCUACUCUGCAUCCAUGAUGUCUGCUGAGAAUGAUCCUCUUGGCCCGCUACCUCCUGGUUGGGAGAGGCGUGUGGACUCCAAUGAUCGAGUGUACUUUGUCAACCAUAACACCAAGACAACGCAGUGGGAAGACCCCCGAACCCAAGGGCUACAGAAUGAGGAUCCUCUGCCUGAAGGUUGGGAGAUCCGGUACACAAGGGAAGGAGUUCGCUACUUUGUGGAUCACAACACCCGAACCACCACUUUUAGUGAUCCCCGCACUGGGAAGUCCUCCGUCACCAAAGGUCCUCAGAUUGCUUACGAACGCAGCUUCAGAUGGAAGCUUGCCCAUUUCCGUUACUUGUGCCAGUCCAAUGCUCUCCCUAGCCAUGUGAAGAUCACCGUCUCCAGACAGACGUUGUUUGAAGACUCUUUCCAGCAAAUAAUGGCUCUGAAGCCUUACGACUUGAGGAGGAGACUCUAUGUUAUCUUCAGAGGCGAGGAGGGUCUAGACUAUGGCGGCUUAGCCCGAGAGUGGUUCUUCUUGUUGUCCCAUGAAGUGCUGAACCCCAUGUACUGUCUGUUUGAGUACGCCGGCAAGAGCAAUUACUGCCUGCAGAUCAACCCGGCCUCGGCUAUCAACCCGGACCACCUCUCCUACUUCUGCUUCAUAGGCCGCUUCAUUGCAAUGGCACUUUUCCACGGCAAGUUCAUCGACACAGGCUUCUCUCUGCCUUUCUAUAAACGCAUGCUGAACAAGAAGCUAAUACUCAAAGAUCUGGAGUCCAUCGACCCAGAGUUCUACAACUCACUUAUAUGGAUCAGGGACAACAACAUUGAAGAGUGUGGUCUGGAAAUGUACUUCUCAGUAGACAUGGAGAUCCUGGGGAAGAUCACAUCUCAUGACCUCAAACCUGAUGGCGCCAAUGUUCUAGUCACUGAGGAGAACAAGGAGGAGUAUAUCAGUUUAAUGGCAGAAUGGAGGUUCUCUCGAGGGGUAGAAGGUCAGACUAAAGCUUUCCUGGACGGCUUCAACGAGGUGGUUCCACUCCAGUGGCUCCAGUACUUUGAUGAAAAGGAGCUUGAGGUGAUGCUGUGUGGCAUGCAGGAAGUAGACCUGCAGGACUGGCAGAGGAACACAGUGUAUCGUCACUACACAAGGAACAGCAAACAGAUCAUCUGGUUCUGGCAGCUGGUGAAAGAAGUGGACAAUGAAGUCCGACUGCGGCUCAUGCAGUUUGUCACUGGAACCUGCAGGCUUCCUCUGGGCGGCUUCGCUGAACUCAUGGGAAGUAAUGGCCCCCAGAAGUUCUGUAUUGAGAAGGUGGGAAAGGACACAUGGCUUCCUCGGAGCCACACGUGUUUUAACCGUUUGGAUUUGCCUCCUUACAAGAGUUUCGAACAGCUGAAAGAGAAGCUGCUCUUUGCCAUCGAGGAAACAGAAGGAUUUGGCCAAGAAUAGAGGGAGGAGUCCUCUUGUAUUUCUCUCCCUCCCCCAUCGCUGUUUAUUCAGCCAAGUAAAAACAAACAAAGAAAAAAAUUGCACAAAAUAACCACCAAUGUAUAUAAGCUAUUUUGUCAUUUUAAACCAAAUCUUAAUUUGCAGCAUCAUUUUUGCCGCAAUCCUGUUCCCCAGCCCUUAUAUAUUAUAUGAUACCCCAUCAUGAAAUAUGCAAGCAUUUCAGCAUUUUUGCUCCUCAUGGAUCAUUUUCAUCGUGAUCAUGGAUAUUUUUUUAAUUUCCUCCCCACUGCUGACUGGCUUUUUAAAAGAGACUAAAAAGUGUUUUUGAGAGGAUUUUAUAGUUGAAGCGCAAUCUUCUUUUAAAGCUCUAGUUCUAUAGAGCUUCUAAAAGGCAAAAGUAGUAUUGGGGUCUGGUGCCUGAAUUUUUUUCUCCCCUGUUGGACCCAUAGUAAUUAUUUUGCAAUUUUUGUGUGCUUGCAUGGCUGCCUCUGGAGAUGAGAAGACUGCUGUGACCAGCUUCCACCACCACACAUACACAAACAAAGACGUUUUAGCAUGGAUGCUCUGUCUCUUAAUGAGUUUAUUUUUUAUUUUUACCAUCAUCGUCAAAAAGGCAAAGUGUUCAGGACUGACUGACCUGAAGCAGAUGAAGAAUAACCCUCAUGCAUUUGUCCCCUCAAUGACAUUCUGGACAACAGCCCAGAGUAUCACCGGAUCCUCCCAUUUGAGUAAAGACAGCAGUGUCGUGAAGUUGGUGGAGAACAGCUACUUUAUCAAAAGGAAUAAGGGGAUUCAAGGAAAAUACUUGGUUUAAGUAAAAGAGUGAAAUGUGUGUGUGGUGGCGUUGGGGUCUGUGGUUCAUAGUUCUGAUGUUUAAGCCAGUGACCUCUGGCCAUGUUCUGUUCCACCUAGACUGCAGCCCACUGCUUCAGUUAGCAAGAAAGAUACACACCAGGAUGACAUCUCACAGUUUUUGUUCAAAGAUUGAGUUGUUUGGAAAAUUGUCAAAAAGAGGAAAAAAGCAGAUUCUGGCUCAGUGGUUCUUGUGUGCUUGACUGAUUCUCUUUUGCUUCAUUCAGUUCCGAUCUCGGUAAUCUUGGUGAUCUCUGUAAAGUGAUGCCAGUCAUAUGAAGCCACUGUUGCAAAGCACAGGAAGAUCACAUUUACUUUAACUCCUCAGUUAUUGGUAACCAUUAAAAUCAAAGGCAGCUUAUGAUAUUUCAUCCAUCCAUCUUGAGUUGUAAUAAGGUCCAAGGGACUCCUCAUUCAUAUGAAUGUCCUCCUUUCAGCACAUUGAUAUAUGUACUGAAAGAAGCUGUUUCAGCUUCUCACUAAUUACCAACCAUUAAUCACAACUGGAGUAGUCAUUGAACGCAAUAAUGUCUUUCUAAGUUCCACAUAUAAUGAGGUCUUUAUUUUUUAUUUUGGCCAGUGAUCAUAAAGAAGAUCAGGGGCGCUGGAUUAAAAAAGUCAAUCAAACUUUGUGUCUUGAAAGCAACAUAUAGAAACAUAUACAACUAUAUACAAAUAUUGCAUGCUGGCAUCACAGAGCAGCCACUGGCCAAAUAAAAAAAUAAGCAUUUUAACAUUUCUGUGGGGCUGAAAUUUUGGGCUUCUGAAAGUCACGGGUCAUAACCCUGUACGGUAUUGUUGGAAAAUAACAAUUCUGUCACAUACAGUGUGUAUCUGCUAUUUCCAACAGUGUGACUACAGUAAAGCAAAACAAAAUUUAAGCAAUAGUGCUGAGCCCACUCAGAUUACACAGUUUAAUUUAUUCCUCCAUGUUCAGUCUGAUUCUCAGGUUUUGUGCUGAGAUGAGAGAGCCUUAGUUUAAUAAUGAUAUGUGUGUAUAAAUCAGUCAAGUCAAGGCUGUUUGCAGAAAACAAAACUAGCCCAAUUCACAUACAAAUAAUGAUUAGAAGACUUCAUUGAUGAGACACUAAUGUGCCACAGACCAAAUAAUGUGUGGAAAACCUUCCACAGUGCAACUCACAGCAGCAAGCCUGAUGAUGCAUCACAUUGUUAAUUGUGUGUUUUUGUUUUUGCACCCCCACUUUCCCCUUGUCCUUUCUUUCCUUAAAUGCUUCAGGGGACAUGCCCUUUGUUUUUCAAAAUGUCACGUCUAACUCCAUUGUUUCUAGGUGACAACUCUGGUGCUUAUUCUUUCAGUCAGCAGUCUAAACGCAGGAUAAAAAGCUGGCAGUGGCAGGCCAUUCUCCUUCUUUUCUCUUAGCAUUGUGUUUUUUUCAGACCACUGCAGACAGCAGCAAGCUGCUUUAGACUUUCUAGGAGGAGCUUGUGAUUACUCAAGUUAACAGUGAUGUAUAUAACAUGUAUUCAGCUGUCCCUAUGGAAGAGCUGGAAGGAGGGACGACAGUAUGAAGAAAAUCAUUUACUGUAGCAAAAGGAGCUGACUCUUAAGAGAAGUCAAAACUGCAUAACUUUGUGCUUCCUUUUGAACGGAAACCUGUAAUCAAAGAAAAUCAACUGUGUAUGUGAAUAUUCAUUGUAUAAAGAUAAUGAAAGUAAAUAAAGUACUUAAAUAUUAUAAUUAAUUACACAGAGCCACGCUCCAUUGAUGGAAAUCUGUGAUGCCUUUGUUCUUAUCAGAAAUAGAUGGGACGCUUCAGGUUGCCUCCAUCGCAGCAAGUAACAAGAUUAAAGAUCACCUGGACAGGUGGAUUCCCUCAAAGCAAAGCCGAGUCAUGAUGCUGUCUAUCAUUUCAGUACGUGAAUACGCUGCAGGGAACGCUGCUGGCUGCGGUUUAGGCAAUCUGAAACGCAUCCAAACUGUAACAUAUCGCGUGUAGAUACACACUGUAAACACCAACUACACUGUACAGAAUGCCCCUUUACUGGAGACGAUGUGUAUAGAAGAUUCAUUUUUAAUCUGCUUUCACCCAUUUUAAUGAAGAGAGAUGGAUUUAUGAGAUACAAAUAAAUAAGUGAAUAAACCCCCUCCAUGACCAUGCUUUCCUUUGUUUGUUGUGUGAUUAUCGGGGGGUGAGAGGCCUUCUGCUCAGGAUGCACAACAAAACUGGUUCUUCUGUUCUGAAAGAAAAAUAAAUUAAUGUGCUCUUGGUUUAUCUUUUGUUUUGACUGGAUCUUGCCUGUGGAAAGAACCAUAUUUAAUAAAUGUAUCUGACCAUCUUUA